ACUAUUUUCAGGAAACUCGGAGAUGCAGAAGACCACUUACUACGACAACUCGACAAUAUUUGGAGGUUAUUCGUAUCAAGGGGCAAAUGGCUUUGGCUAUGAUGCCCCACAACAACCUUACCAGCCUUCGUCUCACCUGGAUACCGACUACCAGAGGUCUGCCUGCUCUCUCCAGUCUCUAGGCAACAGCACCCCGCAACAUGCAAAAUCAAAAGAGUUGAACGGAAGCUGCAUGCGCCCCAGUUUGCCACCUGAGCACCAUCAAGCCCCUCCCCUCUCGCCGUCCCAGAACCCCACUAACAACACGAACAGCAGUUCAGCGCAGCAGCCGGGAAACAGCAGUAAAACCGCUUCAUCAAAGUCAUCCUCUCUCCCUCCCAACUCCAACCUAACAAAGCAAAUUUUUCCUUGGAUGAAGGAGUCUCGGCAAAAUUCUAAACAGAAAAACAGCUCCCCAAGCACAGCGGAGAGCUGCAGCGGCGACAAAAGCCCUCCGGGUUCUUCAGCUUCCAAGAGAGCACGUACAGCCUACACGAGCGCACAGCUGGUUGAACUGGAAAAAGAAUUCCAUUUCAACCGGUACCUGUGUAGACCACGACGGGUCGAGAUGGCCAACCUUCUCAAUCUAAGUGAACGCCAGAUCAAAAUAUGGUUUCAGAACCGGAGGAUGAAGUACAAGAAGGAUCAAAAAUUAAAAGGAAUGGGUUCUUCAUCUGGAGGGCCCUCCCCAACAGGAAGUCCACCUUUGCCAAUGCAGUCCUCAGCUGGUUUUAUGAACUCAAUGCACUCUAUGACUAGUAACUAUGAUACUCCCUCUCCACCAACUUUUAGCAAGCCUCAUCAGAAUGCCUAUGCCAUGUCAACCACGUACCAAAACCCCAUGAAAAGUUGUCCUUCCCAGCAAAAGUAUGCUAGCACAGCACCAGAAUAUGAUCCACACGGUUUACAGGGUAACAGUGGCACCUACGGAACUCCUAAUAUCCAAGGCAGCCCCGUGUAUGUUGGAGGAAGCUAUGUGGAUACUAUGCCCACAUCUGGUCCGUCUUUGUAUGGCCUCAAUCACUUGUCCCACCACCAGUCUAAUAAUAUGGACUAUAAUGGUGCCCCACAGAUGCAAGCCAGCCAGCACCAUGGACCUUGUGAUCCUCAUCCAACAUACACAGACCUAUCUACACAUCAUCCUUCUCAGGGCAGAAUCCAGGAAGCGCCCAAGCUAACUCAUCUGUAGCAGGUCUGAAAAUGAAAUAAGACUAACUGGGGUGCUGCAAUCAGAUAACAAAUGGUCUAGUGGCUUUUGUCGUAUCCAAAAACAUCUGUGUUGAUUUGUUUCCACAUUACUUCCACUAGUGUGUGUUAACAAGGGAAGCAUGCAAACCAAAGCUUCUCCUGAACAUUAAAGAAGGGAAAAAAAAUCAUCUGAAGUGUGAUGACAUAGAAUUCUGAGUAGCCCUUCUCUCUCAUAUCACUUCACAAGUUCACCUUGCAGUCUUCCGCACACACAUUAGCAGACAUUGUGUGGACUGGAAGACAUGCCAUCAGCACACAUGUUUUAGCACUGUAGGGAGUUGGUUUUUUUUUUUGUUGUUCUUCUUUUUUCAGUUAACUUGCAAAUGUUUUUUCUGCACAAAAGGCAGUAUAC